UCUGGAAUUUGUUCAAGUAGCACUUCCGGGUUCUAAUGUUUACAACUGUGAGCAGCGUUGAAGGCAUAGAGCUGACUUCUUGGCUCAUGAAAAACGUAUUUUAUGUCAAAAGCAGCAUGUACUUCAAGUACUAGGAUUUAUAUGCUGUGACGAAUAGAUAAGACGAAGAUAAAUUAAUUGGACAAGGCAGCAGCACACCAUCAUUGGGAUCAGCUGCUGAGAAUCCAACUGUAGGAUAAACUAUGAAGAAGAAAAGCAGAUGCCCAAGGUCCAGCAGGACACAGACAACAGUGAGCAUCAGUGAGGAUAAGAGGCCACCCGGAAACAGAGGGAGGCCACGCAAGACUGUGCCUCUAACCACAGACAGUUUCUACCAUGAGAACACUGCAAAAGACAAGACUGCAACCUUCAGUGUACCAGCAGCUGGCAACACACAAAAACAUCCAGAGAGCAAGCCCAAAUCUUCAGCAGGUAGACUGUCAGCCGCUAUCUGUCGGCUCUGCCAUGGAAAGUUUUCUCCACGCAGCCUGCGGCACGCAUUCAAGUGGCCUCAGGAUUCCAUUGAUAUCAUUGACGAUGAGUCAGACACCACUUCCCGAUCGCCCCUUUUAUUCCACACAGACUUCCAGCAGCUGGUAGGGGUCCAGUUGGAUCGUGACCCACGGUUAUCUGAGUUUAUCUGCAAAAAAUGUCAUGCUAAGUUCUACAAGUGCCACAGCAUCCUGAUCAGUUUUCUGCAGAGAGUCAACCUCCCUCCAGUUUGGAAAGAUAACCCAAAAAGCCGGAAGAAUGCAAAGUGUCCAGAGUCCUCAGUAAACCAUGACUCAACAACACCACCAUCCUUUACCUCAGACCCUAAGUGCCUCCACAGUCUGGUGUCCUGGGCUCACCACCACGGAGAGGCCUGCCGUUCCUGCCCCGACCUGAAGGAGGUGCUGGAGGGCCAGUGCUGGGGUUCUGUUAAGGCCAUUUGGGGUUGCGUUGAUGGUCACAGAUACAUCAUGGACACUCAGUGCACAACUGCCUCAAAGCCAGGGUACACAAAGAACUUCAGCUGUGGAGUGUUAGGGAGUGGCAAUGGUGAUGGAGUGAUGUCAGAGGAGGAAGAACAGGAGGAGGAGGAGGAAGACGAAGAAGAAGAGCAACCAACUGGACAGGCCCCAGUUGGAAGUAUUAGCACCCUGACUCAACACAGUCCGCCUGAAGUCACAGCACAGACUCAGAGCUCAGCGUUGGCUCACUGGACCGGUAACACUGAAGAUUUUACAGGUCAUAACGAGGCGCUGUCUCUUGCUCCCGCCCGGCCAGAGGACCAGGCUGCUGACAGUGAUCUGUCUGACAGGGUCAUCUCCGAGGAUGAUAUAGAGGAGAAUAGAAAAGAAGGGUUAUCAGAUGAUGAGUUGUUCGAGCCGUACUCAGACAAGAGAGCUCGCAGGGGUGCAGUCCCCAACAAGAGAAGACGAAGCCCUAAAGCGCCAGAGGAGCCUAAAAUCAAAAAGAAACCUGGACCCAAACCUGGCUGGAAGAACAAGUUCAAACCCAAAGGAGAAGAGCUGCCCAACAUCUAUAAGUGUACUUAUCCAGGCUGUACAGCCGUCUAUAGAGCUCCUGAUGGUUUAAAGAAGCACAUCAAGGAACAUCAUGAGGAGGUGAGAGAGCGACCCUGCCCUCAUCCUGGCUGCAACAAGGUUUUCAUGAUCGACCGCUACCUGCAGCGGCAUGUCAAGCUCAUCCACACAGAGGAGAGGAACUACAUUUGUGACCAGUGUGGCCAAACUUUCAAGCAGAGGAAACACCUUUCAGUUCACCAGAUGAGACAUUCAGGGGCCAAGCCACUGCAGUGUGAGGUGUGUGGCUUCCAGUGUCGCCAGCGAGCAUCACUAAAAUACCACAUGACCAAACACAAGGCAGAGGCCGACUUGGAGUUUGCAUGCAUGUUGUGCGGGAAACGUUUUGAGAAGGCUCACAAUCUUAACGUCCACAUGUCCAUGGUGCACCCGCUGACUCAGGUGGAUGCUCAGAGAGGCAGCAGCCAGCAGCAGCAGCAGCCGCCGCUUUACGACCUGCACACCAUCACUCUGACUGGGGAGGUGGUUCAGCAAGACCAGGACAGGUGACAGCAGGCAGGCCAGGUCUGCUGCACAGGUACAUAAACUGUGGGACAGGGACCAGUUCUGUGCAUCUGUACUGUACGUUCCAUUUGUUCACAUUCAGAUCAUGGAUUUUUUUUUUUUGGGGUCUGGCAGUACAAAACAGACUUUUAUAUCAGUUCUCUACCAACAAAGCCAUUUUAGCUCGGCUUUGUGUCAUAACGUCAAACUGUUGCCUUCAACAUGAAGUGUAUCAACAUUUUAGUGGAUCUUCACCAAUAACUGUCAUAUGGACAGGUUAUUACAGUUUUCAGGAAUUACUUGUCAUUCCAAAAUGAGUCUGUUUCAAUGUCAGGACAUCUUCCGACCAAGUAUGCCCCAAGUUUCGUUUUUCGCUUGUUUUUGGAGAAGCUCCAGUCUUUCCUACACUGGCAGUCGCUGCAUUGCAACCAGACUCUCUUCCUUUAGUUUGUGACAGUAAAAUACAUUCUAAAUAAUAGAUUAGAAUAGAUUUUAAAAGUGUUAUCCUGAGUUUUAAAAUUGUAAUUCGUAAGUUCUCAGUUCUCUGAUUUGGUGACACCUGCGGUUACUGCAGUAACAACAGCAAACGCUCAUUGUACAGCAGCACUAAAACAUGUUGGAUUUGCAUUAGCAGUAAUUUGAUACAGGUGAAGAGUGACCAGUGAGUGAUGUCACUGAGAUCAAAUUACAAACAGUAACACUGGAUUACAUGCUGUAUGGUUCCUGACAAAUCCAAACCCCUCAAUUUAAAUCCAGUGCAGUCAUUAACAAUAAAACGCAAUAUACAGAAAGAGAUAAUUAGAGAAUGUAAGUACAUUGUAUGAUUAUUCCUAAAAAUGUCCACCAUUAUAAUCUCCUGAAAAUCACAAGGAUUAUAACUAGAAAAGACAACUACUACUUCUGAUGCCUCUGUUACCGAUCUGAUGUGAAGUUACUCCCUGCCUGUGGAGUAUAUGGAUCUAUACAGACAUUUUUAUUUGAUAGCUCAAGUACACAGUAGGAGCCACAUAUAAAUGACCAUAUGUCCUACAUAAAUGCAAUUGUAAGUUCUAUAAUGCAAUAUUCUUGCGACGUAAAUAUAUGUAAAGCACUUGUAUGUGCUGUGUAACCACCUCACAGUUGGGUAGAAAUGUUUUCCAAGAAUAUUCACUUUAGUUUUAUCAGGUCACUGUUUUUUAUUAAGUUAUUACAAUGCUAAGUACUCUGUUUAAGAGUGUAUCUCUGUAUUGUAAACAGUGAAAAGGGCUUCAGAUGUACAUGUGUAUAAUAAAGUCCUUUGUGCAAUAUGUACAAAAAGACAUGUCAAUAAAA